AUGGAGCUGCCGAUAUUGCAGCCGGAGCGACUAAUAAAGAGUCGCCAAGCUGAAUUCGGCCGGGAUUUGUACAAGCUUAGUGAUAGGCAGGAUCGCAUUUUACACCUCAGUCCCACAUGCGAGGAGUUGGCGUGUCUGGUGGCGUGCAAUGCACUCAGUCCGCUGUCGCGAACGCAGCUUCCGCUGAGGAUCUACCAGAUUCGUUCCAAGUUCAGGGACGAACUGAGACCUUGCGACGCGACGAUGCGGUGCAGGGAAUUCACAAUGAAGGAUGCCUACUCCUUCCAUGCAGACGAGCAGUCCGCUGAAGCCGCUUACGGGGAAUUCCGUGAGGGCUACAAACGCAUACUGCAAAAGCUGCGCAUCGCAUACACUGUUAGACGCGAAGAGCAUGGAGGCUGCUUCGACGAGGAAUUCGAUGCGGAACUUCCUUCCGGUGAGGGGCCCUCAAAGAUCGAGAUUGCGCACAUCUUCAAGUUGGGUACUGCGCUCACUGAAGAAGCGGGUCUCAGCUACGAGGUGGAAGGUCGACGCAAGAAGCCGGUGUACCUGAAUUCCUAUGGUAUAGGGAUACAGCGGCUGCUGUAUGCAGCUGCGGCCCAGCACAGCGACGCCGACGGGUUGAAGCUGCCGCAGAUAAUCGCUCCGUACGACGUCGCCAUUGUGCUGUGUGACACAGAUUCAGCCGGAGUGGCUGGAUUGGCACACGAUUUGCAAGUGUUGUUUUCCAAAGCCGGGCUUGACACGCUGCUAGACAACCGUGACCUCCCCCUGAAGCAGCGCACGGCAGACCUGCGAGCCAUCGGUGUUCCACACCUUGUGUACGUCUCAGACUCGGCGCAGGUUGGCGAAAUCCGUGAGCCUAGCAGUGACAUUGCCGAGGCGAUACGGCAAGAGAGUCGUACCUCCAACGAGUAUCACCUGGGGCAGUCAGAAUCCGCCUUGCUAGCCCGUAGCUGGCCAAAUGCCGAUACCAGCUGCCUAGAUAAACCAUUGCGCUACGUACACCGCGCGGUUGAAGACGAGUUUGUACUUCCAGCCGCACAACUGCUGGAGAUGCUUUGCGGGUAA